AUGCUAAUUUUUGUAUCUGUAACAGUUGUUGUUCUGCUCUUUAUGAUGAGGGAGAGACAAGAAAAAGCUGCCAAAGCUGCAGGGAUUUCCGACGAUGGAACUAGUAGCCGGCCAUCAAUAAUAGCAGGAAAUGUAUUUGUCGAGAAUCUCAGACAAGCGAUAGAAUUUGAUGCUGUUGUCAAAGCAACACUGAAAGAUUCAAAUAAGAUCAGCUGUGGGACUUUCAGCACGGUCUACAAGGCAGACAUGCCCUCUGGGAUGAUUUUAUCGGUGAAAAGACUGAGAUCUAUGGACCGAACAAUAGUUCAUCAUCAGAACAAGAUGAUCAGAGAGCUUGAAAGGCUGAGCAAACUCAGCCAUGACCAUCUAAUGAGACUCAUUGGGUAUGUAAUUUAUGAAGAUGUUGCUCUUCUGCUGCAUGACUACUUUCUCAAUGGGACUUUGGCUCAGUAUCUUCAUGAUUCUACCAAACAGCCCGACUGCAAACCUGAUUGGCCAACAAGACUCUCCAUUGCAAUUGGAGUAGCAGAAGGGUUGGCGUUCCUUCAUCACCUUGCCAUUAUCCAUCUUGAUAUAUCUUCUGGUAAUAUAGUUCUGGAUUCCAAUUUCAAACCUUUGGUUGGUGAAGUCGAAAUAUCCAAGCUCUUAGACCCAUCCAGGGGCACAGCAAGUAUCAGUGCCGUUGCUGGCUCAUUUGGUUAUAUUCCACCAGGUAUAUAG